UGGGUGGUGUUGAGUUGGGGUGAGGGGACUCUGUAGGGGUGACCCGAGCAGAACCUACGUUAUCAGAAGCAAAGAGUGCUUUGACUGCUUUGGCUGAGGUCGCAGUUCUGUCCCAUGCCCACUCUUGGGCUCAGCCCUGCUCCCCGUGCUAAGGGCUGAAAACAGAGACCGACAGAGGCCGCAAGGACACAGGAGCUUCAGAGACAUGGACAGGAUGGAGGGUCCUUCUGCAAGUCGUUGGGAAAGGCUUUCCUGAGGUAGCAGCAGGGACCCUGGGAACUUCUAAGUGGCCUGUGUGAAGCUCUGAGUGUGAGACAAGCCACUUCACAGGUCGAACACAAUCCAACUCACAAGGAUGGAUUACGCCAUGAAGUCUCUCAGCCUUCUGUACCCCAGGUCGCUGUCCAGGCAUGUGGCAGUGAGCACUGCAGUGGUGACCCAACAGCUGGUGUCUAAGCCCAGCCGGGAGACCCCUAGGGCGAGGCCCUGUCGUGUUAGCACCGCAGAUCGGAAGGUUCGAAAAGGCAUCAUGGCUCACAGCUUGGAGGACCUCCUGGGCAAGGUCCAGGACAUCUUGAAGCUUAAAGACAAGCCCUUCUCCCUGGUGCUGGAGGAAGACGGCACGAUCGUGGAGACAGAAGAAUACUUCCAAGCCCUAGCCAGAGACACCGUGUUCAUGGUCCUGCAGAAGGGGCAGAAGUGGAAGCCCCCAUCAGAACAGCGCAAGAAGAGAGCCCAGCUAGCCCUUUCCCAGAAGGCAACGAAGAAGAUCGAUGUGGCCCGGGUAACCUUCGACCUGUACAAGCUGAACCCUCAGGACUUCAUCGGCUGCCUAAACGUGAAGGCGACCCUCUAUGACACAUACUCGCUUUCCUAUGACCUGCACUGCUACAGGGCCAAGCGCAUCGUGAAGGAGAUGCUCCGCUGGACCCUCUUCAGCAUGCAGGCCACAGGCCACAUGCUGCUUGGCACCUCCAGUUACAUGCAGCAGUUCCUGGAUGCCACUGAGGAAGAACAACCUUCCAAGGCCAAGCCCUCCCUCCUCCCUGCCUGUCUGAAGAUGCUGCAGUGAAGACCCGAGUCCUUCCUUGACUCCGCUAGCCGCACCCACAGGCCUGGCAGCCAGAGAGCUUCUCACCAGCCUGCACCCCUCUCCCAGCACGGCACCAAGGAAAUUGCAGGAAGGCCUGGUCACAGGACGGCUUCCUAGCCUGGCUCCAGUUCCUUCCUUUCUGUCUCAGGUAGCUUAGAGGACCAACACUUGCCCCCGGUAGGCACAAAGUCUGUCCCUGUGUCCCCAUGUGCCAUCCUACGUGCCACUCCUCUGGUGCUCCCCCCUGUCCUGGCUGCCCACACUCAUCAUGCAACAGACAUUGCUAUGGUGGCCUCCAUCAUACGUUGGCCCCAGUCAAGGCAACAAAAUGAGCAACGUGCCACAGGGCCAGCUAUGUCUAUGGUUAUGGUACCAGAGUGGUUAGCACUCUGUAGUAGAAGAGAGGGGAAACCUUGGGGGUCCUCUCACCUGGGACUGAUUCUUCCCUCCUAGCCCCCCAGCUGCACACGAUCAUGAGGUGUGCAAGAGGGUGUUAGAGGUGGAGGGAUGCAGAUUUGGGGGGGAGGUCCUCAACUGUGCCAGGGAGGGACCUUUAGGGAAUGCAGAUGAUUCUGAGUCACCCAGCCUCUAAUUGUAAGUAAUCUAAUAAGCUCAUAGAUUCACCAAGCUGGACUUGGAUGGAACCGUGGCUUUGCCUGUCAUUGUCGCCCUUGCUGGGCUGAAUGGACACAGUGCAUGUUCUUCUGGGAAAGUCACACAACUGCCUCUCUUGUUCUCAUUCUCCACUAAUGAAUGAAUGGUAUUAGAGUGCAGUAAACUACUUAUGCUGACACCUCA